AUGUUCUGGAAGCGCGAUAAGCAACUCCUGCGCAUGUGUAUCUGGCUGGGAUGUAAUGGUGUCUCGCUCAUGUUGGAUGCCGGUAUGUCCUGGGGUCUCGGCCACACUGAGAACCCGCACUUGCAGCCCUGGCAGCUUGUAUUCCUUAUUAAAGAGGCCCUUCUGGAGCCUCGUAUCUGGUUCAUCGCCUGCCAGCAGAUUGCCAUUGGCAUCAUCAACGCCAGCAUCACCAAUUUUAUGAGCGCUCUUCUGGCUGGUCUUGGCUACAGGCCUGCACAGCUCCCCAAUGGUGCUUUUCAGUUGGUCAUGACCAUUGUUGCUGGUACCAUCGCCUCAAACGUGCGAAACACGUCCAUCAUCUGUGCUAUCGCGGUCCAGAUUCCAUCUCUCGCCGGAAUUCUUGGUAUUGCCUUGGUUCCUAUAGAGCACCGCCUGGCACUCACAGCGUGCUGCUGGUUGCUAGGCAUUAUUGGCGCUGCUAUCAUUCUAAAUUGGUCUAUCGUCACGUCAAAUAUUUCAGGACAUUCUAAGAGAAUGACGGUCAACGGUCUCAACUUUGUCUGCUACGCAGCAGGAAACAUUAUUGGGCCCUUUUUAUUUCAAGCCGCGGAAGCCCCUCGUUAUCACUCUGCCAUUUGGGCAUUGUGCAGUGUGUACGCUGCUUGCAUCAUAUUUACAGCUCUUAUUGGACUGACUAUGUGGGUUUCAAACAUUCGCCGAGACAAAGCGAACAGGGGGUCUGUAUCUUCGGCGGGGGAAAGUGAGGAUGCGUUUAAGGAUUUAACGGACAGGGAGAACCGCAACUUCCGUUAUAAACUGUAG